AAUUAAGGAACAUCCAAUAUAUCAGGAAAUUUUCAAGGAAAUUGAUGAAGAUGCCGAAUUCUUCUUACGUGCUACAUAUGAAAUUAAUACCAUCUAUAAGGUCUCUAAUCUUUAUAAAGCUCAUGUUGAAGAUGUUGAACCAGGAAUUGAUCCCGACAAAGUUGUACGACAAGUUAUCGAUCUUAUUAGAGAUGUGAAAAUGGGAGUCAUUAGCAAAA